AUGGUCAAAUUUACAGAUAUAAAAAAAGUCGAUUGUAAUAAUCUUGGUUGGAAUGAAWUAMAUAUURURAGAARAGAAUUCGCAGAUGUAGUCGAUUURGURAAGUUUAAAAAUUGCYAUUUACCAAGAGAAUUUACAUUAAAACAAAUUGUCGAAAGAUUUGGAAUUAAAGAAACAAAUGGACUAAGCUUUCAAUCUUAUAGCGAGCUCAGUACAGAACUUAAAAGAGAGGAUCUUGAAGGAUUUGAAGAUUUGAUUAAAUUAGUUUUAUCCUAUAAUAGUUUAACUAAUAUAUCAUCUGAUUUGUUUAGCAAUUUUUCURAAUUGGAGUUUCUUGAUUUAUCURAUAAUACUYUUGUUUUGAGCAAAGAUACUUUUAAURAAACUKUGWAUCUUAAGCAACUURAUUUAARUGGAAAUGAUAUAASACAGCUYCCCCCUAAAUUAUUUGAUAAUUUAAAWWAUUUAGAAAUUCUAGAUCUUGAAAGAAAUUUAUUGRAWGACCUUGAUGKUGAAAYAUUUAARGAACUAACGUCAUUAAAAUAUUUAAACCUAAGAACAAAYUUUUUGUCUGAUUUACCAGAAUUUWUUUUAUCUAAUUUACAGAAUUUAGAAACAAUUGAUUUGUCCGAUAAUUAUUUCAAGAGUUUUCGAUCAAAUUUGUUUAGURARAAUAAAAAAUUAAAGAAAGUAUUGWUAAAUGGUAAUARAGRAGAAUUAAAAAYAUUGCCGAGUAAAUUUUUAAAUGAUAAARAAAAUCUUGAGGAGGUUGAAUUAAGAAGAAGUCAUUUGGAGAGUAUACCAGAAAACCUUUUCUGGUAUUCAACAUCUUUAAAAUAUAUCGAUUUGAGUUGGAAUUAUAUUACAAGAUUACCAGAAUCUAUCUUUAANAUUUAA